AUGCAUCCUCACCUUCACACCCAGAACGCCUUGGCGUGCGAGGAAGUCAUCGCCGCCCUCGAAGAGUGCCACGCCAAAGGCUUCAUGCACAAGGCCGUGGGCAGCUGCAACGACGCCAAGGACAAGGUCAGCGCCUGCCUGAGGGCCGAGAGGACAAAGGUCCAGGCCGAGAACCGAGCCGCCGCCCGCGCGAAGCGAGACAAGAUCAAGGAGCAGCAGCGAGAGCUGGGCCUGUAG